UGCAUAAUUAUAAUAUUAAAAUUGUUUCUGAUUACUUCCAUUUCAGAAAAGUAUGUUUUUCAGUCAAGUAAUAUCUUAAAAGGGUUGAAUAUUGAAUAUAUUAAAGAGAGUUGUCUACCUUGCUUGGUAAAGAACUGUAUAUUACCUGUAAGUCUUGAUGAAGAAACAUGCAUGAUAAGAUCAGGUCUAUGUGGGACAGUCAGACAUCUUAUACAAUCAUCACAUCACAAUAAUCCUGGAGAAAACUUCAUAGAUUUAUUGGGGUUUAGAAGUGGCAGUUUGAGAAUGUGUGCUGAGGUAUCUGGGUGGACUAAAUUGUGUGAAGUUGAUCUUCCUGAUGCUAUUUUAAAUCUUGUUGAAAUGGAUAUAAAGGAAGAGAAUGAAAUUGCUAUUCCAGUAGAUUUGUUGAAAUUAGAGAUGCAUUUUUCAAAGCCUCCUAAAAUACAUAAUGAUCAUAAAAUAAAAAAACGUAUACUAGUUGAAAAUAGAGAUGAGAUCCUCAAUUCUGAGAGUGUUAAAAUUGAUGUGAAUGAUUCAGUUGACACUGAUGAACUUUCAAGAAGCAUUUCUGAUAGUGACUCUACAACAGGAGACAAUUAUGGCUGUGUAAAAAGUGAACCAUACACCAUAGAGGAAAUAAUAUCAGCAUUUAAAACUAUAGCUAUUUUAGAUGUAGAAUUUGUUCAUGUAUAUUCUGAAGGUUUAGAGAUGACUGUUGCUGAUCUGAUACUGUUUGUUUAUUGUUAUUUGUUAAUGAAAAGUUUGAACUUUAAAAUGGAUGCCUUAAAAGAACAUCUACCAAAUAUUUCAACUUGGUUAGAUCAUAUGUUAUCAUUACCUAGAAUAAAGGAAUCCUGUCAGCAGUGUGGUUUAUCAUGGAAUCCCAGACUUGCAGGAAUAAAUAAUGUAACAUUUAAAAUUCUGUCUGAUACUGUUCCUGUGGAUGAAAAUAUGGAACUUCAUAAUAUUGAUAUCAAGCUAGGUAAACAUCCUUGUAAUGAAGAUGUUGGUAUAAAUUGGAAUGAUUUACCACUAAGUGCUCAUCCACAGGAAGGUGCUGUUCCACAGAAGAGAAUAGAAAGAAAAUGUCAACAAUUAGAGAAUUUAGUAACAGCUGUAGUGAAACUAGCUAAACCUGGUAAUAUUAUUGUAGAUUUCUGUAGUGGAGGUGGACAUCUUGGAAUUGUUAUAGCUUAUUUGUUACCACAUUGCAAGAUAUAUUUGAUAGAAAAUAAAGAGGAAUCAAUAGAUAGAGCUAGAACAAGAAUAGAAAGUUUACAGCUGAGAAAUGUUGUAAUAUAUCAGUGUAAUCUAGAUUAUUUUCAUGGUAAUUUUGAUAUUGGGGUAUGUUUACAUGCCUGUGGUGUUGCAACUGAUAUGGUAUUACAACAAUGUUUAGAUAAUAAUGCAUCAUUUGUUAUCUGCCCUUGUUGUUACGGUAGCAUUGUGAAAACUCAUAGAAUAUAUUACCCUCGUAGUAAAUUAUUUACAAAUACUGGUAUGACAUACAAGGAUUUUGUAACUCUAGGACAUGCUGCAGAUCAAACAGAAUUUAAUAUUGCUCUUGCAGAUCAAGGUGUAUACUGUGCUAACCUAGUUGAUACAGAUAGAGCUGAAUUGGCUAGAGAAAAUCAUUACUCUGUUAGUCUUUGUACUUUGCAACCUAAAUCAUGUACUCCUAAAAAUAAUCUCUUGAUUGGUGUACCCUGUUAA